ACAUACAUGGGAGAUAAUGCUGUCACUGCCACGUAAUUCCGGUCCGAUGAGAACGUGUCAAAGCGCGUCUCCUUUUAGUGGCGAACACGCCGUCGGCGGACGUUAGUUUUGCCCCCUCGCUUCUCUCUCUACUUAUAUCCCUCAUUCUCUCUCCCCCACUCUCACUCUCUCUCUUUAUAAUUUCUCUCUCCUCUGCGUCUGAUCAAACGAACACCAAGAAAGAAAUCAGAGAAGCUGGUCGGUCGUCGGUCUUGCACAGGAUCCCGAUAUGAUCUCCCGAUUAGCAGGCAAAGCGGAUACCCAUAUUAUCCAUACCCCACAUCCUUGUUUUUCCUAACCUUCACUCCUUUCUUUCCAUAUCUCUGCUUAUCCUACGUACCCUUCUUGGGUUUUCUCCUUUUAUUCUUAGAUUGAUGACACUAACACCAAUUUGGAGACCGAGAAGAAGAAAGAGAAGGCGUGGAAAGGGCUGAGUACUGGAAUCGGGUGUAUAGAUAGAUCGAUUAGUGGGGGAUCGUCGGCGCAAUGUCUCUAGUGUUUGGUAGCAGGGAGGUUUCCAUGGGUCCUUCUAUGGGGCUUCAGGGAGAAAGGGAACAGAGGGGGAUUUCUGGUUGUUUCUCGGAUUAUUUGAACAGGAAGGGCGAUGUGGAGGAGGAGAAGGGCAAGGAGGUGGCGGCGAGUGGUGAGCCGGUGAAGAGGGUUAAUGGAUUUUGUUUUGGUGGGGAGGAUUUGGAAUCUUCUGAGAGUUCCUCGAUUGGGGUUCCCGACGAGAGCGAUGAGGAGGAGGAGGAGGUGCAGAGUGGACUGAAGAGCGGCGGUGGUGCUCUGAGUUCAUUGGAUGCCUUGGAAGAAUCUCUCCCCAUCAAAAGAGGAUUGUCAAAUUUCUUCCCUGGAAGAUCAAAAUCCUUUGCCAACUUAACAGAUGUAAGCAUACUGGAGGGUCGGACUAGCAUUACAAAGAAAGAGAACCCAUGGAACAAAAGGAGAAGAACUCUGAUGGCAUUCAAGUGGGACAAAAGACUGAAGAAAUCUUUCUAUAGUUCAUCCAACCCUACCUCCAUGCCUCUCCUUCCUCUGAAUGAAGAUGAAGAUGAAGAAGAUGAAACCAAGGACCAGAACCAACUUGGUACUUCCAUCAACAAGAAAAAGAAUACCAGCAGCAACAGCAGUGAGGACUCAGAUGACACAGAUUAUGAUGAGGACCCUCCAUUGAGAAGAAAGUUCAGGAGCUUCAAGUCUGCAAGCUGUUUAACAGAUCUACAGCAUCAUCCAUAAUUCUGCAACUGCAAGCUGUUCAUCACGCACCCACCCACCCAUUAUCACAAACCACCAGGAGCAAUAACUGAUAAUUUUAUCUGUAAUUGUUUCUUUUCUGGGUAUUGACAAAAACAAGGCAAAUCUAACAAAUCACCAAGCUUUGUUUUCAUUAAUUAAUGACAUUUCUUCUGAAUUAAUUAGAUAUCUUUGUUUAAUGCUGUUUUAUGUUUCUAGAAGAUAAGAUUUGAUGAUGGGUCAUUGGGUUGGUUGUUUAUCAGCUUAUCUAUUUGGUUGCUUUUAGAAGACGAGAUAAGUCUGGUUGGACAUGUCGUGGAGUUCUUAUCCUCUCGGCCUCCUUUAAAAGUCUUGUAAUGGAAUAUUCCUGUAAGAAGAGUAGAUGGAAAUUAGUCUUACAUGUCUGAGUCCAA